GCUUUUUUUUUUUUUUGGCCCUUAUCUCCGUUGUUGUUGUUUUUUUUUAAUUUCCCUUUUUAAGGUGGGGAAAACUGUGAAACCCACCUUGAUUUCCUCCCCUCUCCCCCCUCCCCACCUUCCCUCGCCCUAAUCCCCCCGGCAAGGAAAGAAGCAGCAGUUGGUUCAAUCUCUGGUAAUCUAUGCCAGCAAUUAUGACAAUGUUAGCAGACCAUGCAGCUCGUCAGCUGCUCGAUUUCAGCCAAAAACUGGAUAUCAACCUUCUAGACAAUGUGGUGAAUUGCUUAUACCAUGGAGAAGGAGCCCAGCAAAGAAUGGCUCAAGAAGUACUGACACAUUUAAAGGAGCAUCCUGAUGCAUGGACAAGAGUCGACACAAUUUUGGAAUUUUCACAGAAUAUGAACACGAAAUAUUAUGGACUACAAAUUUUGGAAAAUGUGAUAAAAACAAGGUGGAAGAUUCUUCCAAGGAACCAGUGUGAAGGAAUUAAAAAAUACGUUGUUGGCCUCAUUAUCAAGACGUCAUCUGACCCAACUUGUGUAGAGAAGGAAAAGGUGUAUAUUGGGAAAUUAAAUAUGAUUCUUGUUCAGAUAUUAAAACAAGAAUGGCCAAAACACUGGCCAACUUUUAUCAGUGACAUUGUUGGAGCAAGUAGGACCAGUGAAAGUCUCUGUCAGAAUAAUAUGGUGAUUCUUAAACUCUUGAGUGAAGAAGUAUUUGAUUUCUCUAGUGGACAGAUAACUCAAGUGAAAGCAAAGCAUUUAAAAGACAGCAUGUGCAAUGAGUUCUCCCAAAUUUUUCAGCUGUGUCAGUUUGUGAUGGAAAAUUCCCAAAAUGCUCCACUUGUACAUGCAACUUUGGAAACAUUGCUUAGAUUUCUGAAUUGGAUUCCACUGGGAUAUAUUUUUGAGACCAAGUUAAUCAGCACGUUAAUUUAUAAGUUCCUGAAUGUUCCAAUGUUUCGAAAUGUCUCUCUGAAGUGCCUCACUGAGAUUGCUGGUGUAAGUGUAAGCCAAUACGAGGAACAAUUUGUAACGCUCUUUACACUGACAAUGAUGCAGCUAAAACAGAUGCUUCCUUUAAAUACCAAUAUUCGACUUGCAUACUCAAAUGGAAAAGAUGAUGAACAGAACUUUAUUCAAAAUCUCAGUUUGUUUCUCUGCACCUUUCUUAAGGAACAUGGUCAACUUAUAGAGAAAAGGUUAAAUCUCAGGGAAACACUCAUGGAGGCCCUUCAUUAUAUGUUGUUGGUAUCAGAAGUGGAGGAAACUGAAAUCUUCAAGAUUUGUCUUGAGUACUGGAAUCACUUGGCAGCUGAACUUUAUAGAGAGAGCCCGUUCUCUACAUCUGCUUCUCCAUUGCUAUCCGGAAGUCAACAUUUUGAUGUUCCUCCCAGGAGGCAGCUAUAUUUGCCCGUGUUAUCCAAGGUCCGUUUAUUGAUGGUUAGUCGUAUGGCUAAACCUGAAGAAGUAUUGGUUGUAGAAAAUGAUCAAGGAGAAGUUGUCAGAGAAUUCAUGAAGGAUACAGAUUCCAUUAAUUUGUAUAAGAAUAUGAGAGAAACAUUAGUUUAUCUUACUCAUCUGGAUUAUGUAGAUACAGAAAGAAUAAUGACUGAGAAGCUUCACAAUCAAGUGAAUGGUACAGAGUGGUCAUGGAAAAAUUUGAAUACAUUGUGUUGGGCAAUAGGCUCCAUUAGUGGAGCAAUGCAUGAAGAGGAUGAAAAACGCUUUCUUGUUACUGUUAUAAAGGAUCUUUUAGGAUUAUGUGAACAGAAAAGAGGCAAAGAUAAUAAAGCUAUUAUUGCAUCAAAUAUCAUGUACAUAGUAGGUCAAUAUCCAAGAUUUUUAAGAGCUCACUGGAAGUUUUUGAAGACUGUAGUUAACAAGUUGUUUGAAUUCAUGCAUGAGACCCAUGAUGGAGUCCAAGACAUGGCUUGUGAUACUUUUAUUAAAAUAGCUCAGAAAUGCCGCAGGCAUUUUGUUCAGGUUCAGGUUGGAGAAGUAAUGCCAUUUAUUGAUGAAAUUUUGAACAAUAUCAACACUAUAAUUUGUGAUCUUCAACCUCAGCAGGUCCAUACAUUUUAUGAAGCUGUGGGGUACAUGAUUGGUGCACAAACAGACCAAACAGUACAAGAACAUUUGAUAGAAAAAUACAUGCUACUCCCUAAUCAGGUUUGGGAUAGCAUAAUCCAGCAGGCAACCAAAAAUGUGGAUAUACUUAAAGAUCCAGAAACUGUCAAGCAGCUUGGUAGCAUAUUGAAAACAAAUGUUAGAGCCUGCAAAGCUGUCGGACACCCCUUUGUAAUUCAACUUGGGAGAAUUUAUUUAGAUAUGCUUAAUGUAUACAAGUGCCUCAGUGAAAAUAUUUCAGCAGCUAUCCAAGCUAAUGGCGAGAUGGUUACAAAGCAACCAUUGAUUAGAAGUAUGCGAACGGUAAAAAGGGAAACUUUAAAGUUAAUAUCCGGUUGGGUGAGCCGGUCCAAUGAUCCACAGAUGGUAGCUGAAAAUUUUGUUCCUCCUUUAUUGGAUGCAGUUCUCAUUGAUUAUCAGAGAAAUGUACCAGCUGCUAGAGAACCAGAAGUGCUUAGUACUAUGGCUAUUAUUGUCAACAAGUUAGGAGGACAUAUAACAGCUGAAAUACCUCAAAUAUUUGAUGCUGUUUUUGAAUGCACAUUGAAUAUGAUAAAUAAGGACUUUGAAGAAUAUCCUGAACACAGAACAAACUUUUUCUUACUACUUCAGGCUGUCAAUUCUCAUUGUUUCCCAGCAUUCCUGGCAAUACCACCUGCACAAUUUAAACUUGUUUUGGAUUCCAUUAUUUGGGCUUUCAAACAUACUAUGAGGAAUGUUGCAGAUACAGGCUUACAGAUACUUUUUACACUCUUACAAAAUGUUGCACAAGAAGAAGCUGCAGCUCAGAGUUUCUAUCAAACUUAUUUUUGUGAUAUUCUUCAGCAUAUCUUUUCUGUUGUGACAGACACCUCACAUACUGCUGGUUUGACAAUGCAUGCGUCAAUACUGGCAUAUAUGUUUAAUUUGGUUGAAGAAGGAAAAAUAAGUACACCAUUAAAUCCUGGAAAUCCAGUUAACAACCAAAUGUUCAUUCAGGAAUAUGUGGCAAAUCUCCUUAAAUCUGCAUUCCCUCAUCUACAAGAUGCUCAAGUAAAGCUCUUUGUGACAGGGCUUUUCAGCUUAAAUCAGGAUAUUCCUGCUUUCAAGGAACAUCUUAGGGAUUUCCUAGUACAAAUAAAGGAGUUUGCAGGUGAAGAUACAUCUGAUCUGUUUUUGGAAGAAAGAGAAACAGCCCUUCGACAGGCUCAGGAAGAGAAACAUAAACUUCAAAUGUCUGUCCCUGGCAUCCUUAAUCCACAUGAAAUUCCAGAAGAAAUGUGUGAUUAAACUAAGAAGUCAUGCUGGUUUUUUCUUUUUCUUUUUUUUUUUUCUUCCUUUUUUUGGUUGGGUUUUUCCCCCCUCUCUGCAACUCUUGUUAGCAGAAGAAAACAGCAUCUGGAUAUUUGUCGACCAAAAUGAUGCCAAUUUGUAAAUUAAAAUGUCACCUAGUGGCCCUUUUUCUUAUGUGUUUUUUGUAUAAGAAAUUUUCUGUGAAAUAUCCUUCCAUUGUUUUAAGCUUUUGUUUUGGUCAUCUUUAUUUAGUUUGCAUGAAGUUAAAAAUUAAGGCAUUUUUUAAAAUUUUACUUCAUGCCCAUUUUGUGGCUGGGAUGGGGGGAGGAGGCAAAUUUAAUUUGAGCAUAUACUUGUAAAUUCUAAUGCAAAAUUACACAAUUUUCCUGUAAAAACAAUAUCAAUUUUUAAUUAGGGAGCAUUUUCUUUCUAGCCUGUAUUUCAGUCUAGAAGAAAAGAUAAUGAGUAAAACAAAUUGCGUUGUUAAGAGAAUUCUAGUGCUGCAUUGUCUGAAGUUAGCACCUCUUGGACUGAAUCGUUUGUCUAGACUACAUGUAUUACGAGUCUGUAUGGCAAGUUUGCAGCAAGAUCAUGUGCAUAUCAUCCCAUUGUAAAGCGACUUCAAAAAAUAUGGGAACACAGUUAGUUAUUUUUACACAGUUCUUUUUGUUUUUGUGUGUGUGUGCUGUCGCUUGUCGACAACAGCUUUUUGUUUUCCUCAAUGAGGAGUGUUGCUCAUUUGUGAGCCUUCAUUAACUCGAAGUGAAAUGGUUAAAAAUAUUUAUCCUGUUAGAAUAGGCUGCAUCUUUUUAACAACUCAUUAAAAAACAAACAAAACAAAACUCUGGCUUUUGAGAUGACUUAUACUAAUUUACAUUGUUUACCAAGCUGUAGUGCUUUAAGAACACUACUUAAAAAGCAAAAUAAACUUGGUUUACAUUUA